UCAAACACAAGCAAUAAAUUAUUUCACAGUCAUGAACUUGCUAGUUUUUUCCCAGCUAUUAAUUUUCUUAACGGGCCUUGGAACUGCGGUGGCACUCAGACAUGGGAGGUGUUUGUUAAUCGCAAAUCCUGGUCCUUGCAAUGGGAAUUUUGAAAUGUUUGCCUACGACUAUGCCAACAAUGUAUGCGUAGAAUUUAUGUACGGUGGUUGUGGAGGAAACCCAAAUCGUUUUCAAACUAAAAAGGAAUGCAUACUUCAAUGUGAUGCCUUAUCAGAUGACGAUGAAUUCGAAGAACUUAUGAAUUCUACGGAUAAAAAUGAUUAUAUGACAGGACAACACAGAACAGAUGGCACACCGUCAUUUAAUAGAACUUCAUUAUCAGAAAGUUCAGAAGCAACCACGACAAAAGAAAAAACUAAUAAUCACUUCACUCUCCUUUAUUAAAAGCCAACAGCACGGGUCGUGUGUUUAGCAUACGUAGAUGGCGGU